CAAAAAAAAAACAAUGACGCCAAUGAUGGAUCCAUCGACGUCAUUAUCGAAUUAUACAUUUGGAAAUUUGGAUGAUUUAUGUCGUAAUUAUACAACAACCACCACUACAGAAAUCAUAUCGACUACAGUAAUCAGCCACGUGGCGCUGAAUUCUCAUGAGAGACCGCCAGCCGUAAUUGUCUGGGGAGUGGGUCUUCUGUUCGUGACGCUCAUCAAUAUGUGUGCAGUGGUGGGCAUUGGUGUUAUGCGAUAUUUGACAAAAAAUACAUAUAAUCAGAUAAUCACACUAUUCGUCGGUCUCGGAGUUGGAUCGUUGUCGGGUUCCAGUUUUUAUCAUUUGUUGCCACAAGCUCACCCAUCACUAAUGGACGAAGUAGAUGAGAAUGGUGUACCAACUCAUUCAUAUCUUCAUAUGGCUCAUAUUUCAAUUCUCGGCGUCUACGCGUUCUUCUUUUGUGAUAAACUUAUCAAGAUUAUUCUCGAAAUUCGAAAAAAAAAUCAACACAUUCACCAUCGCCGACUAUCCAUCGAAAAUCCGGGAAUGACGACAGAAAGAAGCGAUUCCACAUUUGUCACAGAUGCCGGAGACCGGGAAGAAGAACUUUUGAGAAGUGUCCUGAAAAAAGGUGUAAUGAGUAAAGCGGACAUUGAUGAGACGGAAAUGAUGACUUUGGAGGAUAAAUCCGGAAAAUCGAUGGGUGAUCAAGCUCACGGAAUCUGUGUUCACGAUCAUUCAAUCGAAUUUCGUGCCGGUGAUUCGGCAAUUGCUGCAGUUGCAUGGAUGAUUGUAUUCGGUGAUGGUUUGCACAAUUUUAUUGAUGGAAUUUCAAUUGGAGCAGCUUUUGCCGAAAGUCUUCACUCGGGACUAUCGAUUUCGUUGGCUGUUCUUUGUGAGGAGUUUCCACAUGAAUUGGGUGACGUGGCAAUCCUCGUGGCUUCUGGAAUGACACUGAAACAGGCUUUAAUUUAUAAUCUUCUCUCUGCAAUUACAUGUUAUGUUGGAUUCUUCAUUGGCGUCGGAAUUGGAGAACUCGGCCCUGACACGUCGAAAUAUGCAUUCGGAUUGGCUGGUGGCAUGUUUUUAUACAUUUCCCUGGCUUGUAUGAUGCCAGAAAUGAAAAAAGCGAUGGAAGAAGCCCUAAACGUCUCACUUCGUCACGGAAUCUACGUACUUUUCCUCCAAUCCGUUGGCCUUUUUUCGGGAUUAACUCUGAUGUACAUCAUGGCAAGAUAUGGAGAAAGUAUAUCGAUUUGAACAUAUUUUCCCAUGGAAAAUUCUGAAAUGUCAGACAAAAAUUAUGUUUUUUUUUUAGGUUUUAGGCUUGAAAAUUGGGUGAAAAUUAGUGGAAAAUUAGGAUUUUGGGGAAAAAAUCCGAAAAAAAAUGGAUUUCACUCACAUUUUACUUUAAAAAUUUGAUUUUUUCUAAGAAAAAUCUCUAGAUUUUAGUUUUUCAACAAAAAAAUCCGGAAAAUUUUGAAAAUUUCACUGGAAAGUCAAAUUUCCCAUUGUCAGUUCAAAAAUUCAUUUUUUCCUGUUUUUUCGCAGAUUUUACAUUAAAAUUGUGAUUUUUUGGGUUUCUGCAAAAAAAAAUAUAGAAAAUUCGAUUUUAAGCUAAAAUUCUGAAUUGUUCAGAAAAAUUUUCGAAUUUCCUGGAGAAAAUUCAAAUUUCAAAUUUUUUAAAAAUUUUCAGUCAAAAAAUUAUUUUUUUUCCGAAAAAAAACGAAUAUUUUUGGAUUUUUGGACAAAAAAUAAUGAUUUCCGGAAUUUUUCUCUAAAAACCUGAAUUUUUAGUGUAAAAUUAGGUUUUCAUAAAAAAAUCCUAAUUUUUUUUUCAAUUUUCACCCAAAAAUUCAAAUUCCCGCUCAAUUUUCUUCAAAAAAAAAAUCCCCGAAUCCUCUGUUAAAUUCCUUUUUUUUCGUCGUUCUUUCCGUAAAAUUUAGGUCAUUGUCUUAUAUAAGACUCCUUUUAAAAUCGAUUUUUUUCCUAAAUUUUUGAAUUUUUGUUAUUUUUUGUCCCCCGCCUCCUCAAAAUCUUUAUCGAUCUGUUUUCCCGUGACCAUAAUAUUUACCCCUGUUUUUUUUUGUGUUUUUUUGAGUAUGUACUGCUGCGCUCCACUGAGAAUUCCAUCGUUUUUCAGGGAUUUUUAGUGGGAAAUUUGACUUUUUCGUGGAAAUUUCAUUUUUUCGAUCAAAAAUUAAAUUUUUCCUAAAAUUUCACUUCUUUCGUAAAAUUUCAAUUUUUUGUGAAAUUUCAAAAUUUUCAGUGGGAAAAUUCGAAUUUUCUGAGAAGGAAUUUUUUUAAUUUUUUAAACAAACUUUCGACGUUUUUCUGUGAAAAACUCGAUUUUUUUCCCACAAAAAUUCAAAUUUUCCACUGAAAUUCACCCAAAUCCUAAAUAUUAUCAACGGAGCGCACUUGCAUUUAUCAUUCUCCCCACACACCAAUAUCUGAUCAUUUUUAACAUCGAAUACACACUGAUGAUAAUGAAUUUCGUUUUUUUUUUUUAAGUUUUACCUAAACGAAAAAUAAA